ACAAACAAACGAUAUUUCAUUUCGUAAAAAUACCUACUGUCUGUCCCUUCAAGUUUCAACUUGUUGCAUCUACUUUCAAAAAGUUGAGAAUUUACCUGUUUAUGUGAGAAAGUGAACUUGUUAUCUAAUUAACAUGUGUAUAGCUUUCGAUAUAAGUUAUCUGAUUACCGUUACGACUAUUAGUCGAGCGAGUAAGAAACGCGUUGCUUAGUGAUGUACGGUGCACCUGCAACCGCAGUGCAGUUAUUUGUAGUAAUAAUAAGUUGCUUGUAACGACAUAGUGCAUUGUAAUUAUGACAGGGUCGUACGUUGAAUUAAGUCAAUCCAGUUAGUGAAGCUACGUGGAUCAAUUUUAGAUAGAAGUUGCUUAAAAUACGGAUGAGUUUUUAAAAUGAGUCAUAACUGUACAGUGGAAUGUGGGCUAUUGUUUUGUUUUUAUGCAAUUUCUCUUAAAACGAUGAGUAAACUUUGAAGAAUGAUAAUAGAUUAGUGGAAGAUAAUUGUGAGAACAUGUUUUGUGUGAUUAUUUAAAUGUGAGAUCAGGGAAUGAGUGUGAAUUAAAUGAAAUGGCGCAAAGCUUAGUGGAUUCCGAUAGACUGUCAUCAGCUGGUAUAUCUACAAAUAGUUCUGGCACGGCAGGGACUGUUGGUGGUUCUGUAGUAGGUGUUAGAGGGGGGGAGCACGGUAUCAAGAGAGAAGAUGAGGAUGACUACUUGGGACCUUUGCCCCCAAUGUGGGAGAAAGCAUUCACACCAUCUGGAGAGAGGUAUUUCAUAGACUAUAAUACAGGAACAUCACACUGGCUUGAUCCACGCCUUGCCCGUGUCAGGAAGCACUCCCUUGGUGAGUGCGGAGAAGAUGAAUUGCCAUAUGGAUGGGAGCGAGUCACUGACGAGAGAUAUGGCUCCUACUAUGUAGAUCAUAUAAACAGACGAACACAAUAUGAGAACCCGGUGCUGCAAGCAAGGAGGCUGCGAGCGGAAAAAAUGGCGGCGGAAAACAAUAACGACCAAUGCAACGGGAACGCACCGACGGGCGAACUGCGUGGGGAACGAUUUACAGUGACUCUUACUAAAGGAACACAGGGGCUCGGUUUCACACUCAUCGGCGCGGAAGGAUCACCAGAAACGGAGGGUUACUUGCAAAUCCGUAGCAUAGUUCCUCACAGCCCAGCAUGGAUCGAUGGUGCUCUGCGUCCCGGCGACGUAGUGGUGGGGGUAGGAGUGCGCGGCGUGCGGGGUCUCACGCAUGCGCAGGUGGCGCAGAUAUUCCAGGGGAUAGCUGCCGGCACUGACGUCACUCUACACCUCGUCAGAGGUUAUCAGCUUCCAUUUGACUCUGAAGACCCAAACACUAGAGUUUUGAGCACGUUGGCGGUAGACGCAAGUGAUGCAGUCGCGAUGCAGCAGUUGACCAGAGCACUCCGGACCAGGUUUAACUUAGAUUCCCCCAACGAUAACGAGAGCCGAGAUGAGCCUGAUAGUGCCUCAGUCACUCCAGCACAGCGGCGCCUCAUGUCGCGCUCCUUCGACCUGGAUGAAAUAGUGCCCGCAGCAGAAGCCAACCAGCUACCUCCGCGGUGCCCCUCCGCUGAUCAUCUGCUCACUGUGGCUACGGACGACCGGACGUCUGGCGUUGGUGAAGGCGCCGGUAAGGAGUUGAGCGUUCGACUGAGACGCGGUGCCGCGGGCUUCGGGUUCACCAUAGCGGACAGCGUGCACGGACAGAAAGUUAAAAAGGUGUUGGACCGCAGCAGGUGUGCAGGGCUGCGUGAAGGUGAUCUCCUGCUUCAAAUUGGCGACACUGAUGUCAGACACGCGCCGCACCAACGAGUAGUACAGGUACUGAAGGAUUGUCCAGCUAUGUCAGCGACGACGCUGCGCGUGUACAGAAAGAACACAGUGACUCGCGCGCCGAGGAGUCGCUCUGCCACGAGACUACCGCCAAGUAACUCAAAUGUUAACAACUCGCAGUUGGGAAGAAGUAAAACGCCAACGGCAGAACAGUUGAGGCCCACGUUAAAUACAAUGGAGGACGAUAGCAGGGACACACAGAACGAUAUUGAUUCGGUUGAAGCAACAUAUGCAGUCCCAGAGCACAAGUCUCGUGAAACCCGCGAAAGUCUAAUGGAAAGACGACGACGGAGCAGUACGCCUGGUGGCAGACUGACCCUUCCCGUGGUGGCGCCUUGGAAUGAUCAAACGGAUCAUCAAUGGGAACAGGAAACAUGGAUAGACAACUCGAAUAUACGUAACUGGGCAGAGAACGCUCACAAUUGGGACCAGAAUGGGCAGAAGUGGGAGCAGAAUGGACAAAAAUGGGAUCAAAACGGUCAGAAGUGGGAUCAGAAUGGACAAAAAUGGGAACAGAGUCAGAAGUGGGAUGGAGAGGGUACUAGUAACGGAUGGGAUAAGAAUGGCGAGAGAUGGAAUAAUAAUUGGGGGGAGGUUCCCACACCGACGGUCCACGUUGAUAUGAACGCGGCUUACUGGAGGGGGAACGCCAGUGUUGCUGACAGUAGUGAUAAUGGAGGUUUUCCCGAGGAUGGUCUUCUCCACUCGCCCACAACUGCGGCCAUGGGUGGCCUCAGACAGUCCCCGUCCUCUAACAGAAUGAGGCCGCAUUCACCUACCAAUUCUACAGGUCGUUUAAGAAGUAACUCACCGUCGAACAACAGCGCGACCGACAGACUACUCAACGGUUCACCAUCGUCUCGAAUGCAGACGCACUCGCCGUCAAACAACUCCUCCAACAGCAGGAUAAAGGGAUCUCCACACAGACUGCGCGAGUCGUCACCUGCGCGUCACAUCCACUCGCCCGUGUCGCACCGCUCCGUCUACGAUGCGGACAGUAUCACUCAGCCGCUCUACAUCGCUAAUUAUCCACAGGUGGAGGCGGGGGGAUCGACGGACAGGGAAGCUGAUGUGUUGGUACGGCUGGCUCGCGGGAAUGCCGGGUUCGGGUUCCGUAUCGUGGGAGGGACGGAAGACGGAAGUAGGGUCGCCGUGGGAUAUGUCGUACCAGGUGGUCCGGCGGAUGGUCUACUUCGUCCCGGGGACCUGCUGACGUCAGUGGACGGCAUUCCCCUGAGCGGUGCCACGCACGCCCGAGCCGUGGCCUACGUCUGCCAAGCUGCCUCCAGAGGACAUGUCAGUCUAGGCGUACGACACAACCGUGCCGACAUACAGCCCAUGGGUCUGCCUGCUCAGCAUCAGCUCCAACAUAGACCCUUACACAGUGAACCGGCGGCUCCGCAUGCGGCCACCUCCUACAACAUUCUGCACCCCGCGCCCCUCUAUCCGCCUUCACACACGCCGUACGGUGCGGGGCUUGCUAGCAACUGGUGUUCGCCGUACGACGUGACUGUAUCUCGCGGCGACGCUGAGGGGUUCGGCUUCGUCGUCAUCUCCUCCACUAAUAAGGCGACCAGCACUAUCGGUCAGCUGAUCCCGAAUUCUCCAGCGGCUCGAUGCGGUCUACUACACGUGGGGGACACAAUCCUCGCCAUCAACCACUUGCCGGUCAGAAAUCUCCCGCAUCCCGAAGUCGUGGCGCUCAUCAAACGAUCCGGCACCACUGUCACUUUAACAGUACUACCACCGGAAACCAGGGUGGAUUGAAAUGGUACUAAAUAACUAAAACGGUCAAGAAUGAUAUUCUCAAAUCGUGCUAUUUCUUGUAUGAGAGUUUAAUUUUAGUAGUUCAUAUUGUCAUUUAAUUCAAAAGUGGAAGCGUUUACGAAAAAAUAUUUUGAUCCAACUACAAAAGACUUUAAAAUCACUUAAAAUGUAUUCUAUUUUAUAUUUAAUCACGAUUGUUGAAAUUUAGAUUGUUAGAUUGACAACGUACGUAAAAACUGAAUGAAUGAUUUACAUUGCUGCUUAUUAAUAAGAAUAUUUUAAACAACUGCAGUAAAUGUGGCAAUGAAUAGCAAGUUUUGUGGCAAGUUCCAUAUUUCGGCAUGUUUUUAUACGACGUGAUUUGUCUUUAUGUAUAGAACGUCAUUGUCACUCUAAAUUUUAUUUUAUUAUGAAAUGAAUAUUUACUAUUGGUGGCAAUAUAAAUAUUUUGCGUAACUUUCAACUGUGCGUAUAUUCCGGUUCAUGAGAUGCAGACCCCGAAUAUUUUUGUUGCAUCACUUUGAGUAGGUACAUAUAAAAUUGUUAUUGAAAUGUUUUGUUAAACAAUAAAGCUGUAGAUGUAUGCUUAAAAGAGUGGAAAUUAGUUUCUUGCAACUUCUUCUCAUCAACAAGCACGAAGUGGUGGUAGGUGUAAAAAGAAAAAAAACUUUUGACAUUCAUAAGUGUACUCCUUGACCUACAUGAAUAAAGUGAAUUUGAUUUGAUUAAAACAUAUGAACGGAGAGAAAAUAAGUACUUACACAUAAGUAAUUUCGAAUUUGAAAUGAAAUAGCUUUAAUAUUAUUACUUAAUUUAAUUGUAAGCUUUAGAAUUUAGUCCGUAAAUUCUCGAAUAUUUAAUUCUCCACCAUUUGAUAAUGAAUUUAAGCCGUAGCGGGAGGCUAGGAGGCUAAAUUACGUCACACGAAUUUCAUGACUUUUUAACCCCUCCCCUGUGUCCCCUUUGUCACAGCUGUCACAUAUUUGAGACCCUCCCCCGUAGUUGACCCAGCUGUCACAUAUUUAGCAAUUUUAAAUUUCGAAAUUUAUGAAAAUAAAAUAGCUAUGUUUCGAAAUUAUUUAUACUUUUAUUUAAAUUCAGUCUUCUUUGCAAUUGUUCGAUUUUAGAUUCGACUUCAAAAUUUGCCAUUAUAACAAUUUAAAACUUACGAGCUGACCCGACAGACAUUGUUCUGUACAUAAUAAAUACAAUACUGUUUUUUUAUUAAAUAUUUAAUAACAUCAAGAAUUAUUUCGUAACAUAUACUUCCUGUUGUUAUAACGAUAUUGUUUUACAGCAGAACUGUCAAACCGUGCGUCAAUAAAUUCUCUCAUAGAAAAUAUGUCAAAAUGUGGAAAUAAAAAUAAUCAUGGGUUCCAAAUCGAAAUGAAAACUAUCUUAUCUCUCAGGUUGAACUAAACUGCACUCCAUGAAGUAAUCCCCAUUAAAAUCCGUUCACUAGUUUAGGAGUUUACUGGGAAGAAACAUCAGGACACUAGAUUUAUAUAUAUUAAGAUAGUCAUGCCGACAGAGUUGCAACAAUUUUUAUUUUAUUCUUUAGAAGUUAUUUGAUUUAAAUUUAGUGUUGUAGUACUUAAUUGUAAGCUUAAUUUUAAAAAAUGUGACGUCAUCGCAGGGGCAGGGGUUCAGAAAUGUCACUAAGUGUGAUAAGCAAGGGGGAGGGGGGUUAAAAACACCUAAAAUUUGUGUGACAUAACUUAUGGAUGGCCGCUAAAGUGAUAUAAGGAAAUAAUUAUGUACGAAUUCGUCUGGCGCGGUACUUACACCGGUUUGAGUCUCAUGUGUGACCAAUAGCAUAAAUAUUACUAGCAUAUUUCUUAGUGAGUUACCCUUAUUCAUAAUAGUCUGCUAACUUAAAGCAUUGCUAAUUCUCACUCUGUCUUCUUCUAUUGACCUCAGUCAGAAUUAGAAAAAACACUCCUAAGCGGCUGUUUAAAGUUAGCGGACCAUUAUGAAUAAGGGGGUUAAUAUAAGCCUUAGAUCGCGUUCUCCGACAGUGGACUGACCCAAUGAGUGACUCGUCACCCAAGUUCUUCACGGUUGUAAGAGAAGUGCUAGACAGAAACCCGUGAUGCUCACCAUAAUCUUCAGAUAUGAGGGACGGACCUCAGAUGGAGAUGUCUUAGUAAAACCCAUAAUAAAUAUAAGUCGCUAUUAUGUUUAUAUUAUAGUUACGUUGUAAGUUAUUAAGAGAAACUCUUGCAUUUUAAAUAUUUAAUUUAUAUUCUUAUUACUAAUUAAUGUACGCGUAGUGUUAUUGUUAAAUGUCAACAAAAACGACCGGAAUUAACAUUUUUAAAUUGUUUUUUCUUUAUCAAAAUUGUGUAAUUUUUUCAAAUUCUAUGUAAUAUAUAUAUAUAUUUAUGCGUUAAAUUGUACUGUUAUGUGUGUGGUAAUGCAUACCUAAAAUGAAUUUAAUUUGGGAUUCUUUCUAGAUUUAAACUCGUGAGCAUUGUAUGUAAGAUUGACGGAACGAAAAUAUGACCCACCUGGCGUGCCAUUUUUUGCCCUUAACGAGAAAACAUACCUUUAUAUGUAUAUAUAUACUAUAAUAAAUAAUAUAUAAUUGAUUCGAACACUCAAAACUCAUAGUCACGCCAUUUAUUGGACCAGAUAUUUAAAAAAAAAACGAAAAAGCGUUCAAUAUCUUUGUGAUUUAUGUUUUAUGUUAUUUCUUUGAAAUUUGUUAUUCCGCCGCAUUACAUCUUCGCAACCAAACUGUGGAAUAAGCUUACUUUUUAUUACAUGGUGGGUUAAAAACGUUACAGAUUUAUGUACUAGCUGGUAAUGUGAUAGUUAUGUGAGACAUGUUAAAUUCAGCUGUGUGGGCUAUCAGGAAAUACCUUUCAGAUAGGAUUCUGUGUUUAAGGCGGUUAAAUUAUAAUACCGUUCAAUUUGGUAGGUCAGUAUCUAUCCUUUACCACGUGUAUAUUAUAGACUACUUGAUCUUAGGUUUAAUGUGACUUUAUAGAGAUAAAAAUUGCUGAUGUGUCAAGCAGUUUGGUGCCUCCUAAAACAGUCAGGAUUAUCUUAAACAGAGCUAAAAUUUUUCACCGCUAUUCGUAGUAUUCAAAGGCCCUUUGCAUGGCUUUAUCUUAAUUAAUUACCAAAUAAUAGAGUACUUUCAAUACAGUGUAUUUAUAAGACACAAACAUUUUGGGUAUUAGUGUAAUUGGAGACAUAAAUAUAAGAUAUUGCGUAUUAAAUCCCAAAUUGACGGGGCAUUAGGUGUUGAGAAGGUUCCUAGUGCACCACGCUACAACUAAGGUGGAUUUGUGGUGCGUUACUGUCUUAUAAAGUAUCAAGUGGGUCAUCUGCCCGUUCAACCAUUAUUAUUGUCAUAAAAAUGUACGUCGAAGUAAAAUAGACAGUAGUUAAACAAUUGCUCAAUAAGUAUCUGUUAGAUUAUGUGUCGUUAGAUCACCGAAAAGUGAUUAAUUACGCAAAUUAAAUUUAAAAACAAAAUUUAUGAACGAUGCGGGACUUGAAACCGCGACCACUCGCGUUCUGUGUGAGCGCUUUUCCACUGUGCCAACCGUUCGGGUGUUGUAUCGUUGAUAAAUCUUGAUAUGUCUUGUUCAACUCGAUUCGGGUUCGAGUCCCGCAUCGUUCCUAAAUUUUGUUUUCAAAUAUAAUUUGUACAAUGAUUCUUGUUCAAGAUUGUAAUUGGUACAGUCAACGUCAAGAAUGAAGCAUCAAAAAGAUAUGUAUUUAUUAUAUUUAAAGUGCAAAUUGUUAAUAUCAAACAAUUGUCGAUAACUUAAUGAAAUUUAUGAAUAUAGGGGCCUUAUUUAUAAAUAUAAACCGGUCAUCGACCUUAAUUAGCAGUACGCUGUGGUGGCCAUUUUUGUAUUUAUCCUAUCAGGAAAUUCUUGGAGUUCACAGAACAUAUUCUUCAUGAGCAAUUUGUGAAAGUAGCCAUAAUAGCGUCUUGUGAUUAUACAAUAUAAUCAUUGGUUUGUUUAAUCUCUUAGGCCCCAUUCGCAUGAGAGCUUUACAUAAGUAUGUGUUGAAAUAAAACAAUAUUUAUUAAUAUUAAGCGGUCUUAGGGUAGUGGAAAUCUACUUUUAAACUUUUUCUGUGUCAAUAAUAAGUUUACUUCACGUAAACUUAUUCGAAGCUGCAAAUAUUUUCGGCUUUACAAAUAAACUUGGUGUAAAUUUAUACCUCAGAAUAAACCAAGAGUUUGCAAAUAGUUAUUUUGCUUAUGAUUGGUUUAUUAUACCUUUGUCACUACAGAAUUACAUUACAGGGAGAAGUAAUUUUAAAUUCAGAGUAAUUUUACACUGCGUUCAUUAAUAAGAUAGUUUUAAGUUUAGUUGAUAUGUAUCUGAUAUACCUUGUGGAUUUUCCUGCUUUAGGCUUUAACUUCACACUUAUUUAACUCGUGCAAAAGAAGCUUUACUCCAUUAUGUAGAUUAAAAUGUUUUAUUAUGAUGAAGGUAGCGUGUAAAUAGUUAUGGACACAAUAUAUUUAAACUAAAUAAUGUAUUAAUAGUUGCGGACUGGAUAUAGUAAUUAUUAAUUAUAAUUAAUUAAUUAAUAUUAGACGUACGGGACCACCGAGCGAUGUUGUAUUAUACUGGUAGAGGUAAGUAAUAUUUAAUGUUAGUUUUAGGCGCUCUGUGUUUACAUAAUGAAUAUAGAAAGGUACAGUUAAGUUCAUAUGGAAUUCUAUGUGUUGGCGAUUGUUAUUGGUACAGUCAUCGGCUCGAAUAAAGCAACAAAAAGAUUUGUAUUAUAAUAAUAAUAAUAAUAUUGACACACUUUUUACACAAAUUAUCUUGCCCCAAAUUAAGCAUAUAUAGCCUGUGUUAUGGGUUGCAAGACAACCUUACUUAAACAUACAUAAAUACAUAUAAACAUACAUAAAUACAUUUAAAUAUCCAUGACUCGGAAACAAACAUCCAUAUUCAUCAUAUAAAUGCUUGCACCUACCGGGAUUCGAACCCGGGACCUCUAGCUUAGUAGGUAGGAUCGCUAACCACUCGGCUAUACAGGUAUAUUUAUAUAAAGUACAAAUUGUUAAUAUCUAAUAAUUGUCGAUAACUUUAUGAAAUUUAAACUGGAUAAAAAUGAAAAAACCGGUGAUCAACCUUAAUUAGCAGUAUGCUGUGGCUACCAUUUUUGUAUUUAUCCGAUCAGGAAUUUUUGGAAGUUCACACAACAAAUUCUUCAUGAGCAAUUUGUGAAAUUAGCCAUAAUAGCGUGCUAUAUAAUCAUUGUUUCUUUAUCUUCUAGGACCCAUUCGCAUGAUUGCUUCACAUAAGUAAAAAAAAAUCAUAUGGUAAAAAAAGUGUUGAAAUAAAACAAAACGGUACUCGAAUCUGUCAUGGCUUUUGUCAAGGUGUGUUCAAUAUUAAGCGGUCUUAGGGUGGUGGUAAACUACUUUAAAACUUUUUCUCUGUGUCAUUAAUCAACUUUAAUUAUUGAUUCGAGAAAUAUGUGUGGCUCUUUAUAUGCAAACAUAAUCUGGUUGUUUUACAGCUUAAUCAUAUGAAUACAAACAAUACUAUUUUAGUUAUUUAUGCAACUGUUGUGUAAUAAUGAGUAUUAAAACACGAAUGUGGGUCGAGUAUGAUAAUAGUAUCACGUGAGUGUUUAAAUACCUAAUUAUCAACAGUUGCAUACAAGACUUUAUCUACACCCAGAAUUUGAUCCUCUAAAAGAUUCUGAAACAGUUAGCUUAUUGCCAACAUUAAAACAGCCAGUCCUAGUAGUAACCUAAUAACAUCCAUUAAUGAUUAUAUACAAAUAAACUAAGUAUAAAUGAAAGAAUUAUUUAUUUUAGUACUAAUUUACGUUUGUAUAGUGUAAUUAUUAAAAUUCACUUGAAUAUUAUGCUCUUUUGCCGCAUUUAAAAUAUCUGGCGGUGUGCUGUCAAAACUUAAAUCGCUCAUUUUUUGUAAAAAAAAAAAAACAAUAAAAAUAUUGAAGAAAAUUGGCGGGGAUUCGAAUAACCUACUUUUUUUACGGCGCGCGACGUUCUGGUAGUGUGGAACGCGUGUAAACGAAAAUAUUCAUUUUUUUGAAAUUCAUACGGAUACCACGCAUCGAGCAAUAAGAAUGUGGCUGUCUGUUGAAACUCUUUGCACAUGAAGGAAUCGAAUAAAACAAAAGAGUGUUGUUAUGAAAUUCAGUACAACAUUACAACACUCGUUUGGAUGAUGUAAUGGUAUAAAGCAUGGAUGUAGAUAAAAAAUGUUACCUAAUUAUAAUCUAUUACUUGUUGUGUAUGUCGUACCAGUACCAUCCUAAAGUCGGUAAGUUUAUAUAAUGGUUAUGUUUAUUACAUAGCAUCAGACAGGGCAACGAAACACUGUCCAAAAUUAUAUACUGCCUGGAAGUUUUGUUUGCACAAUUCAGGCUUUGUUAUAACAUCUCAAGUAUUCGAAGUUAAACGAACGGGGGGUCGUAUUAUUAAAGAUUUUUUUGUAGUAAUAAGUUUAUAUUAAUAUACUCUCUCUCUCUCUCACACACACAUACUAUUUCUUGCAUUCAAUGUAUGUACAUACAGACAAUAUCCUAGUCGCUACAAGAUUUAUAGCUCCAUUACUAUGGUAACACAUCAUUAUUUAUAUUGAAGCUUAAAUUUUCUUUUGCUAGAUACAGACAUUCUGUUGAAGCUGCCAUUGUAAGUUUUAUUUAUUUAUUAAAAAAAGGCUUACCAACUAGAUAAACAAUACCAAAUUUAUAUUUACUUAUAAUAUAAAAUUUCUUAUCACUUAUAUAUCUAACUUAAAGUAACACAGCGUUGCAUGUGUACAAGUUAAAUGAUGAACUACAUAAUAAACGACGGCGGUAAUGACCUACCAUCAAGGGCCCUCAUUCGUUGAUGACAGACAAAUAGAAUUUUAUAAGCUGGCAUUAUGUAAACACAGAACAAGAAUCAUGCAAUAAUAACGUGCCUUCCCAGAAACCAGUCUUGCCUUGUCCGACGUAGUUAGAUGUUGUAAGUCCAAAGAUAUGUGAUUCUAUAUCAAUGUUCGUCAAUAAAUUUUGAUAAUGCAGCUUUAUUUGGUAAAUAUAUUGAAUAUUUUAAUA